CCGGCGACGACGGAGAAGCGGAGGAAGAGGAAGAAUGUUUACAGAGGGAUAAGGAAGCGUCCAUGGGGGAAAUGGGCGGCGGAGAUUCGAGAUCCACGAAAAGGUGUCAGAGUCUGGCUUGGGACGUUCAACACGGCGGAGGAAGCUGCCGUGGCUUACGACGUAGCGGCGAAACGGAUCCGCGGUGAUAAAGCCAAGCUCAACUUCCCAGAUCUGACUCAUCAUCCUCCUCCUCCUAUUCCUCCGCAGGUGUUGUCAUCACCCUCCGUGUCAUUAACUGAUCAUCAGCCUCCGGCGAAGAAGCUCUGCGUAGUAUCUCAGAGCGAGUUAAUAACUCAGCCGAGUUACUCGGUGGAGUGCGUUGGGUUUGGGAACGGGGACGAGUUUCAAGAACCGAGUUACGGGUUUGAGACUGAUUACGAUCUGAAACAGCAGAUAUCGAGC